CUUACGCCUCAGCUCAGGUAUGUCCUUCUUGGUGAAGCUCUCUGGACCUCCCUAAGCUGGGUCAGUGCAUCAGCUAGGCUCCUCCAGGCUCCACAGUGCUCUAGGCUCCCCCCUGGGAGCCCCUGUCACUCUGUCGCCCUGACCUUCCCGGCUGUCACUCUGUCGAAGUGCGAGGAGUCCCCUGAGGGCAGAGCCCUGGACAGUCUUGGUCACUGCCCUGUCCCCAGCAUCACCCAAAGGACUGGGCACGAAGUGGGCGCUGAGCAAAGAUUUGGUGAGUAGCUAAGGACCCCCACUCUCUCUGUAAGGGCCCAAAUGACACCUGGUCCUGUAGUGUCCCCCUUUGUGAGCCAGACAGACGGCCCUUCCAGGCGGACUCAACCGCACUCCAGAACGCGCGACUUGGCGAAUGGAACGAGGGCUGGAUUUCGGUUUGUCCCCCUGUCCCCUCAGCCUGGCGCCUCGAUGGGGCGCACAGUCUCGGCAGCCUUGCGCAGUGACCCCGAGGAGCUGGGGAUCGACUCCUCAAUCCGCGGGCGGGAAAAGGGUUCGGAUUUUCUCCGGCCCUGGGAGCCGCGGCUCCGAGGAAAAAGCAAAAGGAGGAAGGGGAGGACGAGAGGAAUUCCCCACCGCAUCCGUGGGGUCUCCGGGGUCCGGGAGCACGGGGCUCCUCCCCCUGGGCGAUCACACCUGGCGGCGGGGCGUGCCUCAGUUUCCUCCACCCCCGCCCCUCCCCUUUCUGCUCUUCUUCCUCUUUGGGGCGCUGGUGGCCGCACCUCGAGCACUCCCGGAACUGAAGCUGGGCGCCGGGCCGUCGGGAGGCGGGGGCCACGUCAGCGGGGCGGCCCGGGGCUCGGCGGCCCGGGGGUCUGCGCCAUGCAGCGUGGCGCGCUCCUGGCCGGCGCCCUGGCGGCGUACAUCGCGUACCUGGUGCUGGGCGCGCUGCUGGUGGCGCGGCUGGAGCAGCCGCACGAAGCGCGCCUCCGAGCCGAGCUGCAGACGCUACGCCAGCAGCUGCUGCGGCGCAGCCCCUGUGUAGCCGCCCCCGCCCUGGACGCCUUCGUGGAGCGGGUGCUGGCGGCCGGACGGCUGGGGCGCUCGGUGCUCGCCAACGCCUCCGGGUCUGCCAACGCCUCGGACCCCGCCUGGGACUUCGCCUCGGCUCUCUUCUUCGCCAGCACGCUGGUCACCACCGUGGGCUACGGCUACACAACGCCACUGACCGACUCGGGCAAAGCCUUCUCCAUCGCCUUUGCGCUCCUGGGUGUGCCGGCCACCAUGCUGCUGCUGACCGCCUCGGCCCAGCGCCUGUCGCAGCUGCUGACCCACGCACCCCUGUCCUGGCUGAGCCGGCGCUGGGGCUGCCCCCCCCGGCGGGCAGCCCGCUGGCACCUGGCCAUCCUGCUGGGGGUCGUGGUGACCAUCUGCUUCCUGGUGCCAGCCAUAGUUUUUGCCCACCUCGAGGAGGCCUGGAGCUUCCUGGAUGCCUUUUACUUCUGCUUCAUCUCUCUGUCCACCAUCGGCCUGGGUGACUAUGUGCCUGGAGAGGCCCCUGGCCAGCCUUACCGGGCCCUUUACAAGGUGCUGGUCACAGCCUACCUCUUCCUGGGCCUGGUUGCCAUGGUGCUCCUGCUGCAGACUUUCCACCACGUGUCUGACCUUCAUGGCCUCACGGAGCUCAUCCUGCUGCCGAAGCCAUGCCCGGCCAGCUUCGACCAGGAUGAGGAUGCUCGGGUGGACAUUUUGGGCCGCCAGUCGGAGCCACACCAGCAGCUCACUGCCGGCUCGCACACUGACUACGCCUCCAUCCCCAGGUAGCUGGGGCAGGUGCCAAGAGGGUGCAUGGACCUGGCCUGCGGCUAUGGCACCCAUGGGACUUGAAUGGACAGACGGUCAGACUAGCCUGUCCUGGAGCAUACGUGCCCAUGUCCUGAGGCCCUGCCUCCACCGCCCAGGGCUCCUGCUGUGGCAGCGCUGCCUGGUUUUCCUCGCCCCUUCUCUCACCUCCCCGCACACCCGGUGUCCCAGCUUCCUCUCCGUCUCUGUCUUUCCCCCUCACUCUGUCUCAUGUCUUUAUUUCUCAUUCUUUGACUUCCUGUGUCUGCCGCCCUCCCUCAGCCACUCAUCAUCUGCUGAUUCCUCCGGGCUCUGGGCUCAGAUCUCAUUUCAGGCGCUUGAUGGGUCCCUCCGCAUUGGGCAAGUGACUGCCCCUCUCUAGCCUUGAUCUCCUCAUCUGUCAAGGGGAAAGGAUAUAUUCACUCAACCAAAACUCCCUCCUCUGUGCCAGCCUGUGCUGGGCCAUGCUAGGGACGCGGUAGUGCCCCUCAUGGCCUGGGCCCUGCUCUCCCUGGAAGGUGGACAGACCUGUCCCCACUCAGUGACAAUCCAUAAUAGGCAGGACUCCAGGGGGGGAGGCAGAGUGGUCAGGGCUGAUGAGGAAGGCACAAGGGAAUGUAGCCAGUCCAGCCUGGAAGGUCAGGGAGGGCUUCCUGGAGGAAGGGGCAAGUGACCUCAGGCCUGAAAUCCGAGGAGUAGUCUGGCGAAAGAGGUGUGCCGGACUCACUUUGCUCAAGGUAGGCCUGGGUGAUGGAUGCUUCCUCUGUAGCCUGGCAGGCAGGAAGCUGAGACAGGAUCCCAGCCUGGAUCCGAAUGGCACGGAAGGCGCGGCUCUUACUUAGCAAGAUACCAUUGUAGUAACUGCUGUCCCUGUUUACCGAGGACUCGUUCUCUAAUGUGCUUUGGGCUCUGGAGCCAGCCUGCCUGGGCUCGGAUCCCAACUCAGCUGUGUCCUGCCUGGGUCCUUGGGCAGUACUUUGCCUCUGUGAUUUUUAGUUUCCUCAUCUAUAAAACGGCAAUAAUAAUAGUUACUUUGAAA